AGCCUGAACUAAAAAGAAUGUUGUACUAUUCAAGGAAGCGAACGUACAAUAUCGGCGGAACUCAAAGGAUAUGACGUCACAAGCCUUCCAAGGUCGUCAAGGUCAACAUAAUGGCCGGCAAAGUGUUUAGGUCGCUCUUUCGUUCAACAUCAUCCACUAACAUAUUUCAAAACUCCCCUGGGCUAAAAUAUUUUUCCAGCCAGGUUCAAACUGUCACACUCAUCCCAGGAGAUGGCAUCGGACCAGAAAUUUCUGAUUCUGUCAAGCAAAUCUUUGCUGCAUCAGGGGCCCCAGUGGAUUGGGAGGAGGUUGAUGUUACUCCAGUCAAGGGACCUGAUGGCAAGUUCCACCUCCCCCAAAAGAUCUUUGAGUCAAUGGGCAAAACAAAGGUUGGACUGAAAGGACCACUUGCUACACCCAUUGGAAAGGGACACCAGUCUCUUAACUUGGCACUUCGAAAAGCAUUCACCCUGUAUGCUAAUGUGAGACCAUGUCGCUCUAUUGAGGGGUUCAAGACACCGUAUGAAGAUGUUGACAUAGUGACGAUCAGAGAAAACACUGAGGGAGAGUACAGUGGCAUUGAACAUGUUAUUGUUGAUGGAGUUGUACAGAGCAUCAAACUCAUCACAGAACAAGCAUCCAUGCGGGUAGCCGAGUAUGCCUUCAAGUUUGCCCGGGACAACGACCGCAGUACAGUCACAGCAGUGCACAAGGCCAACAUCAUGAGAAUGUCAGAUGGUUUGUUUUUGAAAUGCUGUCGGGAGGUAGCAGAAAAAAAUAGAGAUAUCAAAUUUUCUGAAAUGUACUUGGAUACAGUUUGUCUUAAUAUGGUCCAAGAUCCCACACAGUUUGAUGUCCUAGUUAUGCCAAAUUUGUAUGGUGACAUUUUGAGUGAUUUGUGUGCAGGGCUAAUUGGCGGCCUCGGAGUUACACCCAGUGGAAAUAUAGGAGGAGAGGGAGCUAUUUUUGAAUCUGUUCACGGCACAGCUCCAGACAUUGCAGGCGAGGACAAGGCCAACCCCACAGCCCUGCUGCUCAGUGCAGUGAUGAUGUUGCGACACAUGGGACUUGGAGAACAUGCUCGUAGAAUAGAGAAGGCUGCCCUUGAGGCCAUCAGUGAAGGAAAGGUGCUGACAGGAGAUUUAGGCGGCAAUGCCAAGUGCUCCGACUUCACAAAAGAAAUCUGUCGCAAGGUGGAGAGCUCAUCAUAAGACCAGGCUGCGGAAGAUGAUGUACAGCACAAAUUGUAGACUCAAUUUUUCCCUUGUUUCAUUUUUCUUUGUUAUUUAUUCAAUUCCUUUUUUUAUACAAAAAUGGAAGGAACAGAUGUGUAUGGUUCUGAUCUUGUAAUGUCUCAAAUAAAUGUGCCAGUUUCCAAUGUGGCUUUUGCUGAUGGUGUAAUCGGUCUAUUUGGAAUUAAAAUCCUUUAUUGAUGUCCAGAGUCAGUGUAUGUUGGAGAUGAUAAUGAUCAUUCAAAAUUUAUCUUUUUAUUUCACUUUGUUUCAUGAAAAUGAUAUGUUUGUGUAUUAAGGGAAUCUCUUUGCAGUAGGCACCUUGUUAUUGUCAGAAUUGUGAAUGAAUAUGCAUUUAAAUAAAAAUCAUUGUAUUAUACUUGUGAAGGUUUAUUUCAAAUGGUAUUUCCUUUUUGUGCCUCAACCAGACACGGUGUAACAGGCUGAUGUUUGUUGAGAAGAAGCUGGUUGAGUUUAUAAGAACACAAUGUGUAAAGAAAUAGCCAACAUGUAUUGAUAAUGCAUGCAGAUAUCAAGGAUGAUUUCCUUGCUGCAGAUAGAUAUGUGAGACAAACACAGAAACUAAAGUCAGUAUUUUGUUAUUUUGUGAAUGUUUGCACUGCACGUUGAAACCAUCGGAGCUUUCUGUAAUGUUCUGCUGAUACGUCUGUUGCUGCAAGAGACUGGAACUUGUGUUGUUGAUAUGCUGCAUUUGUAUUCCCAGUAUCCUGUUGGUCAUAUCUCCAUGGUGAAGCAAGAUUCUGUUAUAUCAUUCUUAUGUAGUAACUGUAAACUCAGCUUCAAAUACUGGUCAUUAGAGACCUGUGUUUCUUUGAGAGUGAGGUUGCGCAAAGAUGCAUGAACUUCUGAACCGCAUAUUUUCUAGUUUUCCUCCAGCACAUCUGAGAAUGGUGUCCAGAUGAAUACAUAUCAACUUGACUUUCUGAUUUUUCAACAGUCUCUGGUGUAGUGAGUGUGCCAUGAUAGAAUAGAGAACCAUGAGAUUAUGGAGACAACUGUGAGACCGCAAUACAGUGUAUUGUUUCCAGUUCUGUGUUUGACCUUUACGUCAGUGUGUAUAGUUGUUACAUAUCUUUAAUUGAUCAAACAUAGAUGUAUAUUAGCAUAAUAUUGUUGACAAUAAAGUACAUUGUCAUGA